AGCUGUCUCCGGUAUGUUCCAUAUGAUACACGCGCCCCUCUCCGCCCCUGCCGCGAGACAGGUGGUUGGACGAUAUGCCUUCAUCCUCGAGCGCUCCUUCUUAGAAUAAAAAAAAACAGCCUAUCUGUUGACAGCAGGAAAGGGUCGGUUGGCGCGAGCGCGUCCCCGAUGGACUUCCAGCGUGUGACCUCCGCGAUCACCGGGCGGACAGCGGGAGAGGGGGGCAACUACCGGAACGCACGAGGAGAGCCCCGCCGAUCUAGAACCAAAUGUUUUCCAGCGAAUCGCUCGAGCUGUUGUUUACGGGAGGUGGUCUGCCGACAGAGGAAUGAGAGGCACGAGUAAAAAGUUGACACGAUUUAGGUGGGAAUUUUCAUCUGUGAGGCGGCAGGAUCAUUUGUGACUAUCCACCGGUCUGGGAAGUUCCCUGGGGGGUUUAUUAUGGCUUCAGGCGCCGGUAAGGCUGCACAGCCCCUCGGGCCGGGCUCCACCGUUAACGGGACUGCGGCAGAGUUCCCGAACAUCGAACAGGAGCUGUACGAUUACCAGAUGCACAGCAAGAUGUGCAAGAAGAUCGCUCAGCUCACCAAGGUGAUUUAUUCUCUGAACAUGAAGAAUGAGGAGCAGGAGGCGGCCCUGCAGGCCUUGAGCCACGCCCACCACGAAGAGCUGCACCGCAUCCUGGUGGAGACGUGUCAUGAAGGGGAGGGGGCGCCGCUGAGAACACGCCUCCUCGAGCUGCAGGACUCCCUGGAUAUGCAGCAGAGAGUUGGAGCCCAGGUGCAGGCAGACUUUGAGUGCUUCCGCAUCCAGGCGGAGGAGAGGGAGCGUGAAACUGAGGCAGAGCUGAGAAAAGAGUUUGAGGAGAGGCUCCAGGCUUCAGAAGAAGAGCUCCAGGAGGCCAAGGCCCAGAUCAGUGAUGCUAAGGAGGAGAGCCUGCGUUUAAGCAAAGAACUGGAGAAGGCCGGGGAGCAGAUCCAGGAGCUAGAUGCCAAAUGUGAGGAGCUAAAGAAAGCAGCUGACGAGGAGAGACAAAGGAAAGAGGAGCGGAGACAGAGAGAAGACGAGGAGAAUAAGAAAGAGGUAGAGAGACAAACAGAGGAGGACUCGGAAGGAGUGAAAGCACUCUUGGAGGAGGUUAAGGCACUGAAAGAGGAGGUGGAUCGAGCAGAGGAGGAGAAGAGGCGAGCAGUGAAAGAUGAGAGGGAGAAAUGGGAGCAAAAGAUGAAUGACCUAAACGAGGAGCGAGAGGAAACGAGAAAGAAGAUGGAGGCAGAAUGGAGGGAGGAGCGGCAGAGGUGGGAGGAGAGGGAAGAAGAGGAGAAGAAGGGACUGCACAGCGCCCUACGAGAGAGACUGAAGAGGGCUGAAGCGGAGGUAGAAAGUCACCUGGAGAGGUUGGCUGAGAGCAAGAGAAACACAGUCAAACUGCAGGCGCGAAUACAGGACCUGGAAGAGGAGCUGGAUCUGGAUCGAAGGCGUGUGUCCGAGGCAGAAGGCGUAGCUAAACGGGCCGAGGAGGAGCUUGCAGUUGCUAAGGAGAGGCUACUGCUGCAGGAAGACGAGCUGCAGAGCAGAGCAGAGGAGCUGCUAAACCGCGGAGGCUGUGAGGUGUGUGUCUGUGCUGAAGUGGAAGAACUGAGGAGCCAGGUGAGCCGUCUGCAGAGCAGGAACCGAGAGCUGGAACUGCAGAGCAGUGGCAGAAACAGCGACCACGCUCGGCAGAUACGCCAGCAUGCUGAGGCCCUGUCCAGUCUGCGUUCUGAGAUGGUAAGAGCCCAGACAGAGGAGCUGCGUCGCAUCCAAAAACAUGCCGAUGAUGAGAGGGACAAACUGCAGAAGGAGAUAGAAAAAGAGAGAGAAAACCUACAGAAGGAAAGAGAACAAGAAAAGGAAAGGUUUGAGAAGGACAUAAACAGACUGCGCAGAGAGAGAGAGGAGGAGAGGGAAGAAGUGGAAGGGAUGAAAGAACGUCUGAAGAGAGAAAAGGAGGAAGAGGUCGACCGGCAGAGGAAGGAACUGGAGGUCGAAAGGGUUCGCGUUCACUCGCAGUUAGACAAGAACAUUGAACAGGUUGAGGUGGAGAGAGCCAAUGUGGAGCACAAGCUGGAAGAGGAAAAGAAAAGAUUGGUGGAGAAGGCUGAGGAGGACAGGAAACGGUUGAAGGAGCAGGUGCGUAAGGCGAUAGAGGAGGUGAUGAGGAGGCAUGCGGCUGAACUUCACAACGUCCAAGAAGCUCUAAAUUCAGAGAGGAAGACCAACCAAGAGGUGUGUGCACGUUUGGAUGAAGAAAGGAGGACUGCUGAGGAGCUACGCAGCCAGCUGGAGAGGGAAAGAGAGGAGCUGAGGACACAACUGAAAGAUGCCACCACUGAGAUCUGUAGGCUGCAGUCGGCAAUCCAACAGCAAGACAAGAAAGAAAAGGUAACCCCUGAAGCUGCAGCCUCAUGUGAACCGCAGGGCUCUCGUCUGGAGAAAGAGCUCCAUCAGACUCGGAGUCGACUGGCUCGGAUGCAGGAGGAGGCAGAGAGGCAGCGGGACAGGCAGCAGAGAGAGAUAGCGUCCCUGCGAGCUGACAAACACCGGCUGGAGGAGAAAGUCCUGGAACAGAGCCGACUGAACACGGAGAGAAGUCUUCUAGACCAGAGCCAGCGGCACACUGAGGACCGGAUCAGGGCAGAGUGUGAGGAUCGUCUCAGAGCAGAGUUCAGGAUAGAGAUGAAUGCCGCCGUUGCUGAGAGCGAACAGAGAUGGCAGAACAAAGAGCAAGAGAUGCAGACCCAGAUAUCUGAACUGCAGAGUGAGCUGAGCGAGUUACAGUCACAGGUGGAGAAAAAGGAGUGCCCGGAAGAUGAUUGCCACGGCAACCCCGAAAUUGAAAGGCUGAGGAAAGAGGUCCAAGACACCAAGGAGAUAAACAGGAAACUGAGGAAUUUGUUGCAGGAGCCCCAAACCCAGUCUAUAGGAGAGGAGAGACACAGUCACGCCAAGGCUAUACAGGCGUUAGAGAGACAGGCGAAAGAAGAUGUGCUGUCGGAGAGGAACAGACUACAGACAAUGCACCACCUGGAGCUUGAUAAGCAACGUGCAGAGUUGACCCAGCAGCACACAGAGUGGAGCAGACAGAUGACCCAGAGACACAUGCAGCAGAUAGAAGACCUGCAGGCUCAACUACAGGCACACACACAAAUGAUGGCUCUGCAACAGGAUCUGAAGCAGCAGAACCAGUACCAGGUAUUUGAGCGACAGCUGGAUGAGAGCCGCUGUGCCAUGCUGGAGCUGCAGAGAGAAAAUGCAGCACUAAAGAAGCAAUUAAAGGAAAGGUCAGUACAGGAGAAUCCUGAAGCUGAAGAGAAAAAAGAAGAGGAAGUCGUAGAUUUGCGGAAGAAGAGAGACGCCCAAUUGGAAGAAGAAGCACAACGUCUGAAGGAGGAAGUGGAGAAACUGAGGGUGGAGAUGGAGAAACUGGAGGAGUCGCAGAAACACUGGGAGGAGAGGAAAGAGGAGGACGUAAAAGAAGAGGAAGUGGACGAGGAGAAGAAGAAGGAACGGGAAGAGGACAAGAGAAGAGACGAGGUGGAGGACAUCAGGAGGCAGCACAAGAAGGAGAUGCAGAGUUUGGUGUCUGAAUACAGCAGCGCCCAGACGCACCUGCAGGCUCGCAUAGUGGCUUUGGAGAACGAAUUUAACUGCAGACUGCGUGAGCGGGAGGAACGGUGCAGGAGGAGGGAGCCUCGAAGUGAUGACCUCCAUCUGGGGAGACUUCAGGAGAGACUGACCGAGAGAGACCAGCUCAUCAAAAGAUUAGUGGAAGAGAGGCAUCAGCUGCAGCUCCACCCUCCUGUUGCCGGGGACAACAGCACCCUCAGGCUUCGUGACAGCAAGUCCCGCGCCGGGAGUGUCACGCCAACCAUGAGGCGGAAGAAUGUGGAGUCUCCUCCUCGUGCCACCAGCAUCCCCAGUGUCGGUCCUUACAACAGGAGCACCUUCAUACCCCCCUCCUCCUCAUCGUCUUCCUCCUCCUCUUCCUCAGUCCAUCAGCACUCCUCCUCAACCCUCCCCCACCAGUCCACCUCCCAACCUCAGACCACCUUCCACUACUCCACCUCCUCUCUUCCACACAAGCACACCUCCCUCUCCCUUAGCCAACAUUCCUCCCCCUCCAUCCCUCGCUCCACCAGAUCCCGGACUUCCUGCAUCCCUCCCACCCCGGCGCCCACCGCCCCGCUCCCCGUCUGCCCCUCAUCGCAGACGGGCAUCCGCUACGUCUCGCCCUCCUGCCAGGAGCCACAUGCACAUCUGCAGGCCCAAUCAAUCAGAGGCCAGUAUCUGGAGCAGAGGGGAACAGAAGGGCUGAAACAGGAGUGGUUCACCAAAUACUUCUCCUUCUGAGCACAAAAACACACACACAGCACCUGCAAGUACAUUUCCUCAAAUACAACUCAUUGCUUCUUAUACACAUCUGUUUUCUUCCCACAGACACAGACAGACAGACACACAGACAGACACACAGACAGACACACAGACACACACACACCACCAGCAAGGCCAUCUCAAACAUUGCCUCAAAGCUCAACCAAAAAGUGCUUCUCAAACACAUGCCUGACCUCUUCUCAGAACAUAGGCCUGCCGGAUCUUGUUUGUAUAUUUUGGAAUGUCUCCAUAUCUUUUUUUUUUAAUUUUUUAAAGCAGUCUUCCUUUUUAAAAAAUGCAACCUUUGCUCAAAUCUCAUCACAUGAUUUUUCCAGGCAAACGUACAUUUCUUGAAAUCCACAACCAAGUGUCUCUUUGAGUAUGGAAGCAUUCGACGUAUUCAAUCAAGAUCCUCGUCAAAGCGGACACACACGACUUCACCAUACCAAAAUGAUGCUUGUUUCAAUGCAAAAAUGUAUGAUAAUCUUAAUGAACAAAUUGAAUAAAAUAUUUUGUUUUUGUAA